AUGCAUCCAACACCCUCUCUUGAUCAAGCCUACUCCAUGAUUAUUCAGAAAGAAAGUCAGAGGAAGAACAAUGAUUUAGUAAUACAUGGUGGUAUAUUAAGAAGUGCUCCUGUGGAUAUUGAUCAUACUGCACUAGCUUCUGCAAAUGCCUUCAAUGUUAAGCCUAAGAGAAAUGCUGGGUUAUACUGUGAUUACUGCAAAAUGAAGGGUCAUACGAGGGAAGGUUGCUACAAAUUGAUUGGAUACCCAUCUGGAUUCAAAUGCAACAACAGGAAAAUAGGAUCAUAUGAACAAUCAUCAGCUGUAGCACAUAAUGUGACUAUUGGGGAGGAAGUUAACGCUGGUGUGCAUAGGAAUGUUGUUCCAACUAUCCAUCCUUUCACUGCUGAACAAUAUCAACAAAUUCUCAAGCUACUGAAUAAGGAAAAGGGUUCUGAUGCCUCAGCCAACAUGGCAGGUAACUUUACUACUAACCAAAGACCUUGGAUUAUAGAUACUGGGGCUUCUAAUCACAUUAUUUCUGCCUUACAUCUACUAUCAUCAGUAUACCAUGUACCUGAACUCAAAUCACCUACUGUACAUUUACCAAAUGAAAAUAGUACUAAAGUUACUCAUACUGGAUCAUGUACUUUGCCUAACUCAGAAAUCCUUUAUGAUGUUCUUUAUGUUCCUGAAUUCCAAUUUAAUCUAUUCUCUGUUUCUAGAUAUACAAAAGAGUUAAACAGCUCAGUUCAUUUCUAUCCUGAUUUUUGUGUCUUUCGGGACCUCUUCAGUGGCAUGGUGAAGGGGAUUGGAUACCUCUGCUAUGCCACAAAACCAGAUUUUCAUGACAAAUUUACUCCUAAAUCUGUCCCUGGUGUCUUUAUGGGCUAUGCUACUACUCAAAAGAGAUAUAGAAUAUAUGACAUUGAAGCCAACAAAUUCAUAGUUUGCAGGGAUAUUGUCUUUCAUGAAAAUCUAUAUCUCUUCAAACAUCCCACGAGUAAGUUUCUUGCUACUUAUGAUCCAUCUUCUACUUCAUCUCCUUUCUUUCCCAAUUCUGCUCCUCUACCAUCUCACACACCUGACCACCAAUCCAUUUCCAAUGACAUCAUUCCCCUUCCUAAUGAUCCUGCUCAAUCUAGUAAUUCACCUAUUUGUUCUCCUGAUCCUAUUAAUUCUCUUCCCUCUACUGUUUCACCUGAUCCUUCUGAUCCUCCUCUUAUUCCUCCCAUUGAUCCUCCUACUGAUUCUUUGUUGCCCAGAAGAUCUGGUAGAACACUUAAACUAUCUAUUUGGCUAACUGAUUACAUUCACCAUCUUUUACCUUCAGCUUCUACUGUAUGCCUUUACCUCAUUCAUCACUUUGCUUCUUACUCUCAUCUCCCUGCUCAUUUCCAGUCUUUUCUUGCUUCUUUUUCAGCUAAUAUUGAAUCUACUUCUUACUCACAAGCCAUUAAAGAUGAUAGGUAG